AUGACGAGUGCCACUAAUCCAGACGGUGAAGACUUCAGUUUUAAUGGUAUGUUUCACACAUGUGCAAAUGGUUUCAACUGGGAUAUGGAGGCAAAUAUAUCUAGAGAUGAUCAAGAAUUAACAUUACUGUGUAGCAAAUUUCAGAAUGCUGUAAAUAAUGGUGGAUAUAACAAUAUUAAUUUUAUUAAAUAUUGCCGAGUUCUUUGUUCAUAUUUAAAAUAUAUAGUACGAAAUAUAGAAGAAAAUAAUGAAAAAAACUGUUGUAAAUUAUUCUAUUAUAAACUGAAAAAUGAUAUAAUACAUAAAUUUUCCAUAAAUGAAUAUAGUGAAGCUAAAGAUUUCUAUAAUAAAAUGGUUGAACAAAAUAUAUAUUCUCCUAGAACAAAGAUAUCUGACAUAUGUAUGAGUCAUCCUGAACAUAUUAAACAAGAGACAUCUAAUAUAUUUGAAUAUCUGUUUAAUAUAUAUUACUACAAGGAUCUACUUAAUGGUCGCAAAAUUGGCGAAACCGGUACUAUGCGCCAGUUCAAAAAGAAAAUUGAACAUUUAGAAAAUUUUUAUAAUAAUAAUAAAGACCGACUUAAAGAAGAACUCCAAAAAAUUAUUGAAAUAUGUAAGGACUUUAAAAAUAGGUGGACGACACAUCCCUACAAACACGCCGCAGCUAUCCUUUCUGACAGUUGGUUAUUAGAAAGAAAAAGGAAACUCGAAGAGAAAGAUGAAAAAACCAUAAGGAAUAUUGGGAAACAAACGAAAACGUUAGAGAAAAAGUUAAUUGAUCCUCAAGCCUUUAUGAACACUGAAACAGAUAAUGUAACAAACACAGGAAUAAGUAUUGGAAAGUUUUUUAUAACUUUUUCAAUAUUAAUAAUAUUGUUUAUUUUAUAUAAGUAUACCCCAUAUUUUUCAUUUUUAAAACCAAGGAUACGGAAAUUAAGGAGAAAGAUGAAUAAAAAUAACAAGAAUAACCUAGGACUCAUGGAAACAUUUGAUUUUGAAUACAACAAUUCAAUAGAUGAUAGGUAUAAAAUAGCAUAUAGUUAA